AUGGUUCUGGUGGAAUCCUUUUCAAAAUUACAUGGACAGCAUUUGCUAGGACAUUCUUUCUUGACCCUUGACAAAAUGGGGAUACAGAUGUGUGUUAGGCGAUGUGAAUCGUACAAAGGAGGGUGUAAAUCUGUCAACUUUGACAGGGAUCAUCUGGUCUGUGAAUUAAACACUUACAGUUCCACGGACAAACCGGAAGACAUGUUCGAGAAUCCAUCGAGUAUUUACGUCCAAGUUAAUCUGACAAGUGACACUGGAGACUGUGGUACAAUGCAGUGUUCCAGUCUUCAGAGGUGUGUUCUAACACAUUCUGGUCCUAGGUGUGUACGGACAGGUUGUGAAGUGCCAAAAAUUAAAAAUGCUAUCUAUAAUGGUGGCAUCCUCCUGUUCAGAAAUUCGAUGGAAUGCAAGACUGGAUAUAAGAGCUUAAGUCAAGUGAUUUGUGAAGACCGAGGGCUGAAUAAGAAUAUCACUGCAGACUUUAAAUGUUAUAAGGAAUCUUCGGGAUGGAUUUUGAUUUAUCGAAGUCAGACUGGAUUGAACACGUCGGACUAUCAGUCGUUCAUUACUUACGGUACCAGCGACGAAACUAACGAGAAUUUUGACGACGACCAAUGUGCCACUACAGCAAAGUCCCCCUUGUGUACUUCAGAUUAUAGAACAUCUGCAAUUGACCAAUGGGAAUCGAUGAAUAUUUCACAAGUACGAGUCCAAUUGCACAAAAGUAGUACGAAAGUGGCAGAGGUGGUUUUCAAUGGGACAGACACAACAAAAACGAGCUGGUUCAUGCCUGACCGAAUCCUGUCAAGCUCUUGGGCUGAUGUUACCCCGACACAGUCGUACAACUAUUUCUCUAUCCAAGGAGACACGAACGGUCAGUAUUCCUGGAGAAAUUUCCAGAUAUGGCAUAACUAUGGUGGCUGUCCUAACGAUGUUUUUUGGAUGGGCUCCUCGUUUGCAGUUCCAGGACAUGGUUGUCCACAGGAACAGAACAGCACAAAACAAUAUUUCUAUUGUCCAAGCACAACAAAAUGUAGUUUUCAAAACAACAGGGACAUUGCUGACGUCAUGACAAUAUCCAUUAAGACACUUGACGGAAAUUAAAGGUGGAUUAAGAUGAACGCUG